AUGGAUUCAUCCAGCGAUGAUGUGGUCACCUCCACUGAGUCCAAGACCGCGCCUUUGGACUUGGCGACUCCUUCCGAUCAAAUGCGAAACGACUCGGUGACCGAACAACGUGUUUCGACGAGACUGCUGCAGGAAGCGAUAGACUUUGCCCUCAAUUUUCUCUCGACCUCGAGUAACGAGAAGCUAGCGGCCGUGUGCGCCCUCCUGACAGUCGUUACAUACAUCGUCCUAGGACGAGUCGGCCUUCUGUUGAUCGGUGUUGCCCUCGGAGUCAUAUUACAUGCAUCGUGGGAAGGGACUCACAGCCAUGGGGAGGAAGGGUUACAGUUGCCCAGAAAAAGAAGAGAAUUGGCCCUGGAGGUUUCCAAGAGGCUAUUGGAUUGGCCCAACCGCGUCAUUUCCACCAAGCUUGACACCCAGGACAAGGACAAUGGCAAUGCCGCCACCACAGCGGAAGACUUGUCUGCCACAGACCUCGAUUUUAAGACCUUCCGGCCAGCGACUGCUGCAGCGUUGAGGUUGCUCACCGACGCUGUCAUUAAGGACUACGUAAAGUAUUGGUAUGAGCCAAUCCUUCCCAAAGAAUCAGUAUUUCCGGAUUCCUGUCGGAGGACUCUGACCUAUUUUGUGACCGCUGUCUCAUCUCAUCUUUCGCGGAAACGGACGGAGGAUACCUUCUUGCAGUUCCUCACCAAUUCAUCAUCCAUUAUAAUCGUAUUUUUAAACGAACUCGCCGCUGCAUUUGCUGCCGGGUCUUCCUCCGGCGAGGCCCAGGAAAUUGUUGAUCAAUACCUCGAAAAUGCCCCGGACAGCAGCCUCGCGAACGUGUUAUCGGAAGAACAGCAACGAAAAAAGCUCAAUAUGAUUGCGGAUGAUAUUCUGUCCAACUUUCUCGAUGCAAAAUCGUAUGGCUGUUCCCCCGUGAGGGAUUUCCUCCGCGAGAUCUUCUCAGGUGUCAUUUUGGAGUCGACUGUGAUGAGCCUUUCCCGCCCUGAAUUCAUCAAUGAGUGGAUCAUCUAUCUUCUGGAGGAUGGCGAAUCUGAAAUCAUGCAUGCAAUCGAUGCUGGCGUCGAGGGGGCACGGAACCAGGGCGUUGGUACCCCGAAGGUCUCAGAAGAGACCAAGGGUGGGCCAUCAGAACCGAAAAAUGACGAACUUGCAUCUCAGAAUACCGUACAGCAAUCCAACCAUACGGAUAAGGCAACGGAAGAAGCCAUGCUAGAGGCGAAGCGGUUGAGUGCCAUGAUUGCAUCUCAAGACGUACAGGGAGCUUAUAAACAAUUCGCCGAAACUGCUCAAUCUAUAGAGGCGCGUCAAUCAACAGAUGAGACUAAGAGGUCAUCGAUGCAGCCUGGGAAUGCCGAUCAAAAGUCGGAAGUUUCUGCCCGGGCGGGCAUGAUGGAGAAUCAACUACCAUUCACCAACUCGAAAAUGCCAUCAUCGAAUCCUAUGUCACAUCCUCGGGAAGACGCUCCGGCGCCCACUUUGGCCCUUCACGGUGCCUUAGUCAUGGUGGAUGACGAUGGUGCCCAGAGUGAGAAGGGAACCAUCAAAUCACGGCCUACGUGGGAUUAUCUCUUGCAGGUCGAACCCACGUCUACUCGCUCUACCGGAUGGAUGCUAUUCCGAAAAUAUUCGGAAUUUCAAUCUCUCCAUGAAAUGCUAGAGACGGUUUCACGUUUGAAUCAAAUAACCAGCUUCUCCGAGCGGUUUCCAAUUCUGCCCGCCUGGAAAGGCCAGACCCGAGAGGCGCUUGCGCGAGAUCUGGAGCGAUAUUUACAGCAUGCCAUGAAGCACGAACUCCUUGCGGAAACAGACCGAAUGCGACGGUUCUUAGAAAAGGAAGUGGGAACCAGUGAAGUCCCCUCUGUCAAGCCGGGUUUUUCUUUCCCGAGCCAGAGCGCAUUCGAGAACAUGGGCAAAGGGGUGCUGGGAGCACUCACCAAUGCCCCUAAGGGUGUGGCCGGAGGUGGCAGAGCGGUCUUCGACGGCGUGACCGGGGUCUUUGGGGGCGUUGGACAUAGCAGAAAGCCAACAAAUAGCGACCGACAAUCCCACCAUCAGAAAACCUCGUCUCAGGUAGAGCGUGAACUCCCUCGGAGCUCUAGCUCUGCAAGUGAUAUUAACCGCAUCAAUCCUUCUCCAGCAGAGCUUAGCCUGGAAGAUCACUCUAUCUUGUCUCGGACUAGCGAAGACGAGCGCUCGACCCAGGCCUCACCGCCAACGGUUUCCUCACUGAGCGUGACGACGGAAGAAAGUCCCAAGGCACUUUCUGUGAAUGAUCCUGGCAAUGAUAUGGGCCAAAUGGUUAGUGAACAGGAUGCAUGGACCUCAGUGUCGACACCAGCGCCGUCUGAAGACCGGAAUUCGUUUGGGUCGAUCGGCCGCGGAGAGGCUGUCGGGGUCAAAGAAGACUCGGUUCUGGCGUUACCGAAGUCAGCAAACGAGUCCGAGUCGACGGGGGAGCCGUGCUCUGGUUCACAAGGCUUGCGCCGACAACGACAACCUAUCACCGCGGAUGAGACUCAAAUCGCAGUUGAGCUGAUAUUUGCCGUAAUCAACGAACUCUAUACUCUGUCAUCUGCGUGGAACAUUCGUCGGACCUUACUGAAUGCCGCCAAAACGUACAUCCUUCGUCCUGGAAGCCCUACGCUCGAGACGAUCCGUGAGUUGCUGCAGAAUUCCAUGAUUGAAAGCCACACGUCGGAUGACGCACUUGGAGAAUAUCUGAAGAAGCUGCGAGAGAAUGCUCUGCCGACAGAGGAUGAAUUUAAGGCCUGGCCUCCCUCGCCAACUGAACAGGAAAAGGCGCAGUUGCGUAAUAAAGCACGUCGGCUGUUCGUUCAGAGAGGAAUCCCCCAGGCACUGACAAGCGUCAUGGGUGCAGCAGCCAGUCGGGAGGCGCUUGAGAAGAUCUUUGACAGUCUACAGGUGCAAACGGUUGCACGAGGAUUCAUAUUUUCGGUGCUCCUUCAGGGUUUACGGGUAUUGACAUUGUGA